AUGAAUAUUGAAGAACCUACUGAACACAAUAUGAAUAUUGAAGAACCUGCAGAAGAUGAUAGAAACAUUGAGGAACCUACUCAACUUAGGAUUGAGAGUGUCAAUGAAAACAUGAAUGUUGACGAUCCAGCAAAUUGGGGUAAUAUUGAUCAAAAAUUGAGAGAUCUUUUAGUAGAAAGAGGACCCAAAAGAGUUGUUAUUGAUUUUCCUAAAGAUAUUGAAGGCAGACAUUUCUCUUCCACUCAUUAUACUCGACAAUGGUUAAAUGGAGAGAAACAUGAUAGGAGAUGGCUAAUAUAUUCAACUUCUUUGAAUGUGGUAUUUUGCUUUUGUUGCAAAUUAUUUAGAAAAGAUGGAAACAAGAAUCAAAUGGGUUCUUUGGUUAAUGAAGGAUUUAAAAAUUGGAAGAAUCUUAGUCAUAGACUUCAAAGUCAUGAAGGGAGUAGUGAGCACAUAAGUUGCAUGAGAAGUUGGAUAGAAUUAGAAAUAAGAUUGCGUAGUAUUGAAACUAUUGAUAAAAGUGUGCAAGAAAUAUUAAACAAAGAGAGAGAACAUUGGAGACAAGUAUUAUUAAGAAUAGUUGCUGUUGUAAAAACACUUGCUAAAAAUGGUUUAGCAUUUCGUGGGGAUAAUGAGAAGAUUUAUCAAGAGAACAAUGGAAAUUUUUUAAGUUUAAUUGAAAUGAUUGCCGAAUUUGAUCCGGUAAUGAAAGAGCAUAUUCGACGUUAUCAAAGUGGUGAAUCUCAUAAGCAUUAUCUCAGUCAUAAAAUUCAAAAUGAACUGAUAGGAAUGUUAGCGGGAGAGAUCAAACAUACAAUGAUCAAAAUAAUCAAAGAAGCAAAAUAUUUUUCUGUUAUACUAGAUUGUACUCCAGAUAUAAGCCAUGAAGAACAAAUGACUCUUAUAAUAAGAUGUGUGGAUGUUUCAGAAAGUCCAGUAAAGGUAGAAGAGUUCUUUCUAGAAUUUCUUAAGGUCGACGAUACGUCAGGACUAGGACUUUUUAGCGAACUUGAAGAUGUAUUGAAGAUUCUGGAACUUGACAUUUCUAAUGUAAGAGGACAAGGGUAUGACAAUGGAUCUAAUAUGAAAGGAAAAAAUAAAGGUGUGCAGAAAAGACUCCUCGAAGUAAAUCCUAGAGCAUUCUACACUCCAUGUGGUUGUCAUAGUCUUAACCUCGCACUUUGUGAUAUGGCAAACUCUUGUCCCGGAAGCUAUAUCUUUUUUGAAGUGAUACAACGUUUAUAUACUUUGUUUUCAUCUUCUACUAAGCGGUGGGAUAUUUUCAAAGAACAUGUUUCUGGUCUCACACUUAAGUCAUUGUCACAAACACGGUGGGAAAGUCAUGUUGAAAGUGUAAGAUCAGUAAGAUUUCAAGCUACAGAAAUAAGAGAUGCUUUAAUUCACUUGGCAAGUAUCGAUGGAGAUCCAAAAAUAAAGAGUGAAGCUGAGUCCUUAGCAACAAAUGAAAUGGAGAAUUUUGAGUUCUUAUUGGGUAUGAUUGUUUGGCACAAUUUAUUAUUUGCUGUUAAUUUUGUUAGCAAAUUUUUGCAAAAGGAAGACAUGCAAAUCGAUAUUGCUAUAGAUCAAUUGAAUGGACUUAUAUUAUUUUUUGAAAAGUACAGAGAAAAUGGAUUUAAGGAGGCCAUUACUGAAGCUAAAAAGGUUGCAUCUGAAAUGAAAAUUGAGGUUGUAUUUUGUGAAAAACGUAUCAUUCGAAGGAAGAGGCAAUUUGAUGAAAGUGCUACCGAAGAGACAAUAUUAUCUCCUGAAGAAUCAUUUAGAGUUAAAUACUUUCUAUAUAUAGUGGAUCAAGCUAUUUCUUCUCUUAAGAGUAGGUUUGAACAAUUUCAGCAUUAUGGUUGCAUCUGCAGAAAGAAGCUUUUCAAAGUUAAAAUUGAUCAAAUCUUACCUUCGAUCAACUAUGUCACAAGAAAGAUUGAAUGGCUUAGCUAUAUUGUCAAUUGA